CAGCGCAGCUGGGAUUGGCAGUGUAGUUGAUAUCAGACGACCCAAGUUUACCAUCUGGCCUGAAUGGAAUGAUGCUGACAUCAAUGCUGAGAAAUGGGUUCCAUGGGAGACAACCAAGAAAGAGGAAAAGAAAAAUUUAAAAUCACCAACACUCCAACAAUCACAUAACUACUUUGACGACCCUGAAGGAAAGACUGAGCUGCCACCAUCCUUGAAAGUAGAUACAUGGAGAAGACCAGGAGAAUUUAUGAUCAAGGCCCCAGUUGUACUAGAAACAGACAGUAUACUAAAAGGAUUUGACCUUAUCAGUGCAAAUGAACACUUGCAUGAAAGUGAGUUUAUUCGCCACUGCAUCAGCCAGAUCGUCACAUUGUGGGAACUGUCAGCUGUAAAUAUCCCAGCAGAAAGCACAGCUGAUUUAUCUUCUCAAGGCGGGGAUUUGAGCCACACAUGGAACCCGUGGGAACACAUUUACUCUCUCUGUAAGGCUGGGAAAGCAUCUCAUUUGCCUUUGUAUAAUGUGUAUGGGAAAUAUGUUGUCCGGCUGUACUGGAUGGGCUGUUGGCGCAAAAUAACAAUUGAUGACACCAUACCAUUUGAUAGUCAUGGCCGGAUUCUGCUGCCUACAACCACAUUACAGCAUGAGCUCUGGCCUAUGUUGCUGACCAAAGCAUUAAUGAAAGUAGCUUCACUAGACUAUACUGGGGGAAAUCAAAACCAGGAAUUUGGUGACAUUAGUGUGAUUCAAUGCUUAACUGGCUGGAUUCCAGAAGUCAUCCCUCUACAAAGAGGACUCACGAAUGAAGUCUGGGAAUUGAUGAAAUCUUCCCUGACUGAAUGGAAACUUCCACUUCAGGAAUGGCAAAAGGCUCCUGAAGAUAUAGAAAAUGUUAACAAAGAUAUAUCAGAAGUUACGAUUAGAGAUGAAAAAACAGACAAGGAAGCCAGUCAUAAAGAUGGCAAGGAGAAGGGAAAAGAGAAAAGGGAAGACAAGGCUGGAAAAGAUGAUAAGAAAGACAAGAAGGACAAAGGAAGUGAGUUUCAU